AUGCGCGCGCAGUGCAUUAUGGGAGUCCAACCACGUCUUUUCUGCGGUCAGCUAGCUGUUCGCCCUGUACCUGCACAUAACGCUACCAACCCAACCGGCUGCUGCGCCAGAUCACUGGCACAAGCUCACGGAAAUAAAAGACAUUCUCAUGAGACAGCCACCAUGUCCAUCGAGUACACCCUGGACAUCCAGCUCACUGAGAUGGGCUUUCCAGAAGUUGUCCAUCCACAAGUGCCUUCUGUGGCUGAUACUCCUUCAAACUCUGACAGUACAUCCCAUAACUCUUCCCUGGUGAAUGAGACGGAGGCUGGAGAGCCUGUGUCAGAGGAGCCAUCGCAGCCUGUGGUGAAGAAGCCAGCCCAGGUGAAGAAAUCUCUGGCAAAAAAAGCUGCAGCAGAGGAAAUUGAAGAACACUCCUCUGACAGUGAUGUGUCUUAUAUAGAAGAGGACUUGGAGGACGAAGACGAUGAUGAUGAUGAAGAGGAGGAGUUGGAGGUGGUGGAAGCAGGGAACUUCCAGUGUAACGUGUGUAACCUCACGUUCCCUUCCAUGUUCAAACUACAGGACCACAUGAACCUGCACUCGGGAGAACGCCCCUACUCCUGUGCCGAAUGCGGCAAACGCUUCUACCAGAUCCGAAGCUACCGCGACCACCUCCGUGCCCACGCUCGCCACCGAGCCAAGCAGCACAAAUGUCGCAUAUGUCUCAAGUCCUACACGGCUGAGGCUGACUUAAAAUACCACCUGACUAUGAACCAUUUUGAGGAAAAAUUUUACGAAUGUGACAGAUGUAAGCGCGUAUUUACCAACCUGGAGACUUGCCAGCACCACAUAGAGUUCACGUGCAUGCGCAAAGUUAAGUGCGAGAAGUGUAAUCGGUAUUUUCCUAAAGAGAAGCUGCUCCGACGGCACCUGGAGAGUAAACGGUGCUACAGCAACUUAAAAUGCGCAGAUUGUCCGAAGGUUUUUACCAGGAAGAACGCCUUACUUAAGCACAGUUUUUCCCAUUUGGGGCUCUUGCCUUACACAUGUAUCCGAUGUAGGUGUCAUUUCCGUCUCGCAAAGCUGUAUCUUCGCCAUCAGUGCACGCCACAAAGGAUCCACUGCGGUGCCUGUUUGCGGGAGUUUCUCAAUGAUCAGGAUUUCCAGCAACACAAAAAGGAUACAGGCUGCUGGGGGGAUCGGGACAAAAAAGGGGAUGAAAUCCGGUGUCUGGAGUGCGGGCAAAGGUUUGAGACAAAGGAGGAUUUGAAAAAGCAUGCGGGCGCUCAUCAGAGGGUGCUGAAGUGCGCGGAGUGUGGGAAAGGCUUCAGGUCUGCGCUGCUGCUGAUGUCGCACAUGGGCGGCCACGCAGGGCAGUCCCCGUGUCUGUGUCAGAGCUGUGGCCUGGGCUUUCCUCACCAGCAGAGCUACGACAGUCAUCUGAAGAUGUGCGGACAAGAAAUGCAAAACACUAAACCACAAAAGAAGAACCAGUCUAAUAAGAAAAAAUCACGAGGAUCAACCAGCACUACGUCCUCCGUGGAAACAGCCAUGUUUCCUUUGUUGGUUCCAGAAGCAUUCGUUGGCAGCUCAAUACCCCUGUCCUACAACACAAGUUCAGCUUUGCCAGCACCAGAUAACGGUCCAAUGCAAGUAGUGGCAGAAGACUCUCAUGACCUUCCUAAAGUGGGCCAAAACCAAAACAAUUUGUUAGUACCAUGCGCCGCUCCUCAAGUCUUAUCCGUGCCACAAAUCCAAGUUCAGGCAUCGCUGGUCUCUAAUGGAAUUGUGGGUGGAACGCUGGCAAGCGCAGUGUCUGGAACAUUGUCUGAGGUGCUGAUUGACCAACUGUAA